AUGACCCUCAAUCCGCGAAUCGUUGAGCUAGCAGCCACAAUAAGCGACUCUGUCGCGAAACUGCAACAGGUCCUUUCGCAAGAAGAUGUCCCCUCUCCCUCAUUCGCCGCUCCAUACACCCCACUCCCAUCGGGCGCGCUAACCCACCAAGACGCUGCAUUGGACGCUGCGUCAGAGCUCUACGACCUCCUGCUCGAUCCGCUCAGCCUGUUGUUCCAAUAUGGCGGCCAUAACAACAUGGCUACCUUGCAGGCGAUCAGUCGCCUCAAUAUUGCGAGUCUGGUCCCGCUCAACGGCUGUGUUUCGUAUGAGGAGAUCGCUCGGGCGGCGGGCAUGAACGCGUCGGUGAUUCAACGCUUGCUUCGACAUGGAAUGACGAGGCAUAUCUUCUGCGAACCUGAGCCGGGAAUGGUGGGACACACGACUGCGUCUAGAUUCCUGCUUGAACCGCAUAUGAGUGAGUGGAUGAGUGUGGGUAGCGAGGAGAUGUGGCCAGCCGCAUGCAAGAUGGUAGAUGCCUUCCAAAAGUGGCCGGACUCUCAGGAACCAAAUGAAACGGCAUACGCUCUUGCGAAUGGAACCACCGAAUCAGCAUACCAGAUUAUCGGAAAAGACCCCGUUCGCGCGAGUCGGUUCGCUGGCGCUAUGAAUGCGUACACUUCUGGACCUGGAUUUGAUGUGUCACACAUACUCGACCAUUACGACUGGGCUUCGCUCGGUUCAGCGCAGGUUGUAGACAUCGGUGGCGCAAGAGGACAUGUAGCCAUGGCGCUAGCCGAGCGUUUCGAGGGCCUCAGUAUUGUCGUGCAGGAUAUGGAAAAAGUGGUAGAGGGUGCUGACGAACAGGUUCCUGCAACGCUCAAGGACCGCGUAAGUUUCGCCGCGCAUGACCUUUUUGCUCCGCAGGACUUGAAAGCGAAUGUGUUCUACCUGCGAUGGAUCUUGCAUAAUUGGUCCGAUAAAUAUUGCGUUCGCAUCCUUAGGUCGCUGAUUCCAGCACUGCGGCCUGAUACCAGGAUUCUUAUCCAAGACGGUAUCAUGCCGGAGCCGGGUACUGUGGCAAGAUGGAAAGAGAAAGACUUGAGGUCAGCCGACCUGAAUAUGGCUGCGAUCUUCAAUGCUCGUGAGAGGUCCAUGGCGGAGUGGAGAUCGUUGCUCAGAGAAGCAGAUGAUCGUUUUGAGUUGAGAGACGUAGUUCUCCCUCCCGGCUCAGCUCUGGCAAACAUUGAUGUGCGCUGGAAUGACGGGCGCGAUCAGGAGACGGUUGUGAAGGCUCAUUAG